GUGCUCAGCAAGUCGUCAGUCGUCGGGUUCCCUAAGUUCCAGGCUUCCAAGAACGCAUUUACUAGUUCUCAGCCGCCCGAUUGGGAGAUUAGCGAUGCCUCAGGGGCGCUGACCAACGCCAAGUCACUGCUUUUGAUGCGCUGGGCGUUGAGGUCACCUGGUCGGGCAAGUCAGCAGCCAGCAUGAAAUCCCGCUUUUAUAAGGGCUUCCCGCUUCUGACGUACGAGAUGAACAGCAUGGCACCCUCGCUCAAGACAAUCCACGCAAUCCUUAAGGUUCAGCAGCUCGGGCGCACUAUCAACUCGUACGGAGUCAACACCAGCGAGAACGCAACCAGGCUUGCGCGCCAGAUGGUCGAGCAGCCGUCGUUAACCCAAAUCACACUCAACGACAACUCGGAGUGGCUCAUCGUGUCUAAGCCAACAAUUGUAUGGAAAAAUUCGGGAAAUGGAAUGCUCGUUCAGCAGAACCCUGGCGCGUACUCGGGAGUCGUGCAGAUCGCGCACCUGGGCGACAAGCCAGCAGAAAACAUCAACGUGCUACAAAAGUAUGCCGGUAAUUACCCGAUCGAGGCAUCCAUCACUUACGCAAAGGCCGAAAACAAACAGAAUGUGGGCCGGUCUUCCGACGUUGUUUUCUUUUACAAGACCAACGCUGGCAAUGGCGGCGACAUGUCCAGGUUUUUGAUGCUGGAGAAGUCUCAGGAGCCGUCACUCUGCUGUCGUUGGUGCUGCCCCACCACGUGGAUUUGCUCCCAGAGAAGCCUUGCUAUCGCCUGGUCUCUCCGGGUACCGCAGCGCAAAGGGCCCGCUGACAGCGGUUGUUGGCAAUAUUAUCUCGUACAGCCAGCCACUGCAGACAGUCUCGUUUGACGGUGCGCAGAAAAUCUCUCCCGGCGACAAGGCGGAAAUCCAGCACCAGCUACUUAGGGACUUGGCACAAGCACCAACAUCACUGCGCCCGACCCUUACUUU